AUGUGUCCUGGCUUCUCCUGCUGUUAUGGACACGAUGACAAAGAUGUCCAAGUGAACGUUCUCAAGAGUCGCCAAGAGCUCAACAAAAUUGCUCAAGCUCUUUUAGCUGAUGAAAACGCUCGUGAUGAGAUUCUGACAAAAACUGGAUUCAAAUACUCUGGCGUCAACGAGGGAGUCACUCAGCCGGGCUUUGACAUAAUUCAAAUAGUCACCGACAAUUCUUGCUCAAGCGACUUUUGCCGCUUCAAGCACAAAUACUUGAUGGACUUGAUUGAUUGCAACGCUUACCAACCCUGCGAAGAAUACCACUACCCGGAGGAUAUGACCAUUUUCAAGUUGCUUGAUCGAACGCCAAAAGAACGACUUCCUGCGGAGUGGACUUUGCCAAAUCAGUAA